ACAUACGUGUGUGACGUACCCCUUCCCAGGGUCGUGUGUGCGUUCCUGGUUUAGUCACUGCUGUGGGGACUUCCCAAAUGUUUCCAAAUUGGGGACACCUGCAAUUUUUUGCAAAACGCCUCUCCCGACAAGAAGGCGGCUCAGUCGUCCUCGCUUUCAUUUUUAGGAAUAGACCGGCCUCUCAGGAAGAGCUAAAAGCUGCCUACCGCCGACUGUGUAUGCUGUACCACCCAGACAAGCACAGAGACCCAGAGCUGAAAACGCAAGCUGAGCGGCUGUUUAACCUUGUUCACCAAGCUUAUGAAGUGCUUAGUGAUCCACAGACCAGAGCCAUCUAUGACAUAUACGGGAGGAGAGGACUGGAAAUGGAAGGAUGGGAGGUUGUGGAAAGGAAGAGAACUCCAGCUGAAAUCAGGGAAGAAUUUGAGCGUUUGCAGAGAGAGAGGGAAGAGAGAAGACUGCAGCAGCGAACUAAUCCAAAGGGAACAAUUAGUGUUGGAAUAGAUGCCACUGACCUCUUUGAUCGUUAUGACGAAGAAUACGAAGAUGUGCCUGGGAGCAGCUUUCCCCAGAUCGAGAUAAACAAAAUGCACAUAUCCCAGUCCAUUGAGGCACCGUUGACUGCCACGGACACAGCAAUACUGUCUGGUAACCUUUCCACCCAGAACGGGAAUGGAGGUGGAUCGAUUAAUCUUGCUCUGAGACGAGUGACUUCCGCCAAGGGAUGGGGAGAGUUGGAGUUUGGAGCAGGAGACCUCCAGGGACCUCUCUUCGGUCUGAAGAUAUUCCGUAAUCUUACACCAAGAUGUUUCAUCACUACAAACUGUGCCCUGCAGUUUUCGUCCCGUGGGAUCCGCCCGGGCCUCACCACAGUCCUAGCCCGCAACCUCGACAAGAACACGAUGGGGUACUUACAGUGGCGGUGGGGCAUCCAGUCAGCCAUGAACACUAGCAUUGUCCGGGAUACAAAAACCAGCCAUUUCACCAUGGCGUUACAGCUGGGAAUCCCCCAUUCUUUCAUGAUGGUCAGUUAUCAGCAUAAGUUUCAGGAUGAAGAUCAAACACGAGUGAAAGGUUCUCUCAAGGCGGGUUUCUUUGGGACCAUAGUGGAGUAUGGAGCAGAGAGGAAGAUUUCCAGGCACAGCAUUUUAGGAGCCACCGUCAGUGUUGGUGUUCCCCAAGGAGUGUCUUUGAAAAUCAAGUUGAAUAGGGCUAGUCAGACCUACUUCUUCCCUGUCCACCUGACAGAUCAGCUGCUUCCCAGUGCUGUAUUCUAUGCCACCGUGGGACCUCUAGUUAUCUACUUUGCCAUGCAUAGGCUAAUCAUCAAACCCUACCUCAGGGCACAAAAGGAGAGAGAGCUGGAGAAGCAAAGGGAGAGUACAGCCAGCGACAUCCUUCAGAAGAAGCAGGAGGCUGAAGCUGCGGUCCGGUUAAUGCAAGAGUCUGUCCGGAGGAUAAUUGAAGCAGAGGAAGCCAGAAUGGGUUUGAUUGUAGUGAAUGCCUGGUAUGGGAAGUUUGUUAAUGACAACAGCAGGAAGAAUGAGAAGGUGAAAGUAAUAGAUGUGACUGUGCCCCUGCAGUGCUUGGUGAAAGACUCUAAACUCAUCCUUACAGAGGCGUCCAAGGCUGGGCUGCCAGGUUUCUACGACCCCUGCGUGGGUGAAGAGAAGAGUUUGAAAGUGCUUUAUCAGUUCCGAGGAGUUCUGCACCAAGUGAUGUCAGCUGACAACGAGGCCCUUAGGAUACCAAAGCAAUCUCACAGAAUCGAUGCAGAUGGCUAAUCUGGUGAGAGCGUGCGCAUCCGUUACGGCACCUGGGUCAACGGAAACUACACAACCUUCCCCCAGAUGCUACAAGUUUGAACAGAGACAUUUUUAUUUUUACUAUCCAUAGAGCAGGUGGUGUCCUACCAGUUAUGUUAGGAGACAAAAUGAGAGAACCUGCUUCUACAGGUGGCUCCAAGGCAAUACUUCUCUGAAUUGUGGCUCAGUAACCAAUAAAGCAACGUGACUCUGAAUGCGCAGUGCUUUCUGCUGAGGGUGUGCGAGUGGGCACUGAGCAGCCCCCGUCAUGCAGCCAUGUCUUCCCUGCUGCGAUUUGGCCACAGUCCAUUUGUGCAGUCUCACACAUAUAUAUAUAUAUAUAUCUUUUUGCACUGAGCGGGGAAGAUGACCUGCUGUUCUCGCUUCUCCACGUACUUCUGGGGUAGGUAACAUAACUUUUUCUGCUCCUGGGGGGAAGUUUAGUUCUCUGGCCACCUGCUGGAAUGCCUCUGUGUAAAUCUUUUUGUUGGAAAGAGGGCAAGAGAUUGUUUUCCAUCUCAAAUCUGUAUUUGAAAUGUACUUGCUAAGAACAAGUAUGUUUGAAAUUAAGUUCUUUGCCUUUUGUAGUAACAUGGACCCCUUCAGCAUGAAUCCAUCCAGCUGCUCAUUUCAAACACUGCUAUUCCAGACAAGGACACGGGGUGUAAUGAUCUUAUUAAUUUUUCUGCCGUCUAGAAUCAUGUACUAUCAAGGUUUUCAAGAAAAGAGGAAAGCAAGUGGGGAAGAAGGACAGCAACUCAUUUAAUUUGAUUCUGAUGCUGCGACUGUCUCUUCCCAUCUAAUUUAUUUCUAGGAAAAAGAGGAACGUAGUUCAUACAAGUAAACCAGACCAAAGUGAGGAGAGAAGCCAAAUGGGUAGAGAGCUGAAAACGUAAAAUUCAGCUGCCCUUUCUAAAAAGCAUCAGUUAUGACAUAAAUCCAUUGGAUUAAUCUUGCAUGGAAGCCAUGGCAGUGAUUUACCAGCAAAAAGGGCAGUCCUGUUCAAGUGACACAGCAGAUGGAAACGGCAGCCUUGUAGUACCUACCACACACUGCGUGUGUCAACGCUACCGAGGCUUCUUCAUAGAGAAAAGGAAUAAUCGUGGCUGUUUCUCAGUCACAGCUCUGCUCUUGGUGAGCCCUAGAACAGCCUUCAUAGCUUACAUGUGAGAAACAGGAGGGAAAGGUAUCUUGGCAGUGCAUUGUUGCUCUUAACUACUACCGUAGAUCUUUUCCUGACACGUACUUGGCCCCUCUGCCUGUGCAACGGUGGUUCUCUUUGCUCAAGUCAUUGUAACAGGAGAAUUAUAUUUCCAGAAGCAGACUUAUUUGAGCCAGUCUGAAAGAGACGCUUCCCCCCCGCUUUAAAAAAACAAGUUCAUACCAUGAAGGGAUGUUCACUUGUUUUGAAUAAAAACCAAAACUCUUCAGCUGUGACCACCUCCUGGUGCGGGAUUUUGUUUCACUUAUGACCAGUGUUCUGUGGAUCUGAAAUUAAAUGUAAAAUAUGCAAUAAAUUAUAUUCAGCUGAAAAGUAGCCUGCUGAAAAGCAAGGGUUGCAGGUUUUGUAAAUGUAACUGCACCCUCUGUCACGUCCUGCUUGUUGACCUCUGUUGAUCGCUUGUGUGUGUAACUGGGCAGAAACCGCCACCAGAAAUUCCUUUUUCAUGUGCUGUCACUGCAUGGAGUGUAUGGUCACGAGCGAGAGCCAGUCUGUAGUGACUGGGCCGUGGCAAAAUACUCCCAGGAGGAGUACGGAGGAUUGAAGUUUUGUACAAGCAAGUGCAAAAUAGUGACAACACAUUUGCUGCUAAUUACAAAGAAGAAUCUUACUGCAGCCCUGUAUCUAGCAGAGCAAGGACACUGUGCAGUGUUUGCACAAUAAAACAAUUCUUCUCUUUUCUGACCACUCCCAAGGAUAUUUCCUGCUGUCAUGAACGUGUUUUCUUGCACAGUCAACUUUAAAAGGUAGAGAAAUAGUGACACGAUUCUAAAAACCGCUUCCAUACUUCAAGGCAUCCCGUGGUAUUUCUACACUUGAAAAAUAAUGUUUCUGAGGGGCAGAGCAUGCUGUUCCUACCCCAGCAGUUGAAACCUGUAGCAGGGCAGCAUCUUUGGGUGCAAACUUUAAAAUGCCAUAGAAAUGUGAGGUGACACAUCCAUCUCUAAUUGACCCAGCAAAUGCUUUAAAUACCUUAGUGAGGAUCCGGAAACACACGCUCGUCUUU